AUGGAUAGAAAGUCUGCUAGAAUAAAAGCAGAGUUACAAAGAUAUGGUUGGAGAGUUUCGAAGAAUUUUAAAUAUAGGAAGGGAAGACCCAUAAAAGUCUAUGACAAAUUGUCUGGUCUUCGCUACGAAAUGGAUUUGGAAACAGCACGUGCCAAUUAUCCAAACAGACUAGAGAGGUUAGAAGAAGAACGUCUUAUGGACAUGCCUUUCGAUGUUAGUGAACCUCAAGUUGAAGGACACGACGGCUUUGCCAGAUUCUACUGGAAACAUGACGAACAAUUGCAUCCUUUGAGAAGGAAAAAAGGAAAAGGUGAAGACGCACAUGCUCCCAUGGAAAGAACAAGAUAUGCAUAUGAAAAGUAUCGUGAAGUUAGAAGUCAAAUUACAUCUGGUCGAACCUUUACAGUAAACUUUGACGAAGGAAAGAACAAAGAAGGCUUCAUGGGAGUACUUGCUGCAAUUCAAGACGGAAAUAAGAAAGGACACAGUCUCAGAUUGACCAUAACAGAUUUGGAUGGUCACAUUUACUAUGCACAUGGCAAUGAACAAACAGCCGCAAAACUUCUUGACGCUUUCAAGACUACAAAGAGAGAACAAAUGGUUGACUCCGACUCAGACAUUUUGAAUGCAAUUGAAGGAAUUGCAAGUGUCAAGUUCGAAUGGUACCAACCUAACCCUCAAGCAGUCAGACAACAUGCUGGAUACUUCCCGUUCAUAAAUAAGUCUGACAUUGACUUGACAAGGUAUGGAAUUUACAAUUCAAUUGAAACAAUUGUCAAUGAACCUUGUAUUCUUACAUGUCUCAGGAACUCUGGUCUUGUUACAGAUGAGAAGAUGAAGUAUCUUGAGUCAUUUGUGAAGACAAGAUACAUUCUCAGAGGUCAAUUGGCAAAAAUUGCACCGUUGGCAAAUGUCAAUAUCCGAGUCAACAUACCUACAGCUAAAGGUUCUUCACAUGACGACUAUGUUGUUGACAAAGACUUACCAUGGUUGAAGAUUGUAAUUGUCCACAACCACUUCAUGUUGAACGAAAGUCUUACAAACCCAUUCUUUGGUAAAAGUAA